CGCGCGUAACCGCCUUCAUUGAAAAGCAUUGCUUUAGUCGUUCUGCACUGCCGCGCCACGUCGCGCCGUGUCCGGUGUGAACGCUCUGCGGGGAGGCUCCCAUCUGCAGGCUGAGUCACUCCUGGAGAGUAGGAACGGACACAGAAAUCGAGAGAGAGAGAGAGAGGGAGGCACUAGAGCUGAUCGUCUGCAGAGGAGCGAUUCUUUGAGCUCGGGGUUCACAAGGGAGCCGAAAUGAGCGAUGUUACCAUUGUUAAGGAAGGCUGGCUGCACAAGAGGGGAGAGUAUCUCAGAAACUGGAGACCGAGAUACUUCCUCCUGAAAACUGACGGCUCUUUCACAGGCUACAAGGAAAAGCCCCGAGCUGCUGACCUGCCAUACCCCUUGAACAACUUCUCAGUGGCAAAAUGCCAGUUAAUGAAAACGGAACGACCAAAGCCAAACACGUUCAUCGUGCGGUGGACCGCUGUCCUAGAAAGGACUUUUCAUGUCUGCACUGUGGAGGAAAGUGGAGCCGUGUAUUUCAGGGAGGAGUGGACAGAGGCUAUCCAGACGGUAGCAGACAGUCUCCAGAGACAGGAAGACGAGAGGAUGAAAUGCAGUCCCACCUCCCAGACAGACCGCAUCGGAGAGGAGGGGAGGGACACUUCCACUGGCCUGCACAAACGGAAGACAUUGAAUGAUUUUGACUGCUUAAAAUUACUGGGAAAUGGCACUUUUGGUAAAGUCGUUCUCGUCAGGGAGAAGGCAAGCAGUAAACAUUACGCAAUGAAGAUUCUGAAGAAAGAAGUCAUUAUUGCAAAGGAUGAAGUGGCUCAUACAAUUACAGAGAACAGAGUGCUAAAAAAUACUAGGCACCCAUUUUUAACUUUUUUGACGUAUUCUUUCCAAACUAAGGAUCGGUUGUGCUUCGUGAUGGAGUAUGUCAGCGGAGGUGAGCUGUUCUUCCAUUUGUCGAGAGAGAGGGUGUUCUCUGAGGACCGGACCCGCUUUUAUGGGGCUGAGAUAGUCUCCGCUCUCGACUAUCUACACUCCAGCAAGAUUGUGUACCGGGAUCUCAAGCUGGAAAAUGUAAUGCUGGAUAAAGACGGCCACAUCAAAAUCACAGACUUCGGACUUUGCAAAGAAGGAAUCGCUGCUGCUGCUACCAUGAAGACGUUCUGCGGCACACCUGAAUAUCUGGCUCCAGAGAUGCUGGAAGAGAAGGACUAUGGGCGCGCGGUGGACUGGUGGGGCUUCGGCAUCAUCAUGUUUGAAAUGAUGUGUGGACGACAUCCCUUCUAUAACCAGGACCGCGAGAAGCUCUUCCAGCUUAUUCUUAUGGGAGACAUCAAAUUCCCAAGUGCCCUCUCUUCUGAUGCAAAAUCUCUACUUUCCGGGCUCCUCACAAAAGAUCCGAAUACGAGACUUGCCGGUGGGCUGGACGAUGCCAAAGAAAUCAUGCGGCACAGUUUUUUUGUUGGAAUCCACUGGCAAGAUGUGUACGACAAAAAGCUUAUACCUCCUUUUAAGCCUCAGGUGUCCUCCGAGACAGACACAAGGUAUUUUGAGGAAGAAUUUACAGCUCAGACGAUUGCAAUAACUCCUCCGGAAAAAUUCGAAGACGGAAUGGACUGUGUGGAUAACGGGCGGCUCGCACAGUUCCCCCAGUUUUCCUACUCUGCCAGUGGACGGGAAUAGGAAUCCUUUUUCAAGAGUACUGCUUCACCCCAGCCAAGCUGAUCGCUGGAUACAGCUCCUCCACGUUACCAGCAGAUCCUAGCACUGCUUCAGCACUUGCGUUCUCAGGUUUUUUUCUAUUUGUUUUUUUUUUCUUGACGGGGGGGAGGGGAUCAUCGGGUGUUUUUGGUUUUUAUAUAUUUUAUUUAUUUAUUUUCCGUGAGGGACGAGGGUGGUUACGCAAAGAGCAGUGUCGUGUCGCUCCGAGGCCAUACGCUGACGAUGGGGUAUUUUAUUUAAUAUUGUAAUGAUGUGUGCUGAUUGUAGCAGGUACGGUUGUUUUUUUGUGAUGUAUUUAGCUAUGCUUUUUUGUUAGACAUAUUGCUAGACAAUGCAAAAAUGUUUGUAAUUGUCAAGCAUUUGAAAAGGAUUUGGAUGCCAGCUGUUGAUCCUCCAGUGUGUUGGCGAGUGUAGCUGGCAGCUCCUCUUCAUCUGAGUGCAAUCACAGAAUGUAUAAACACUUACAACCUUGGCAAGACAGGGGAAGAAUGGGGAAAAGCACUGUUAAACAAAACACGAGUUUGAGAAGAGAACAAAAUAUCAUUUCUUGUGUUUUCUUUAAGUUCAUUGUAAAUGUGUAUUUAUUAUUAUUAUUGUUGUUGUUGUCCAGUUUUUUGUUCAACUCUGAAGAAUAUUUUUUGUUUUAAGGACCACAACAUAGAGGGGGAAACCCUAUAGAGGAUGACUGCAGAGUCCUGUCUUGACCGUGGUUGUGUUUAUUUGUAAUGUUGAAUUGUUGUACGUGUUGCUUCUGCUACUAUUUUGUAAGUUUUUUCCAAUAUUGAGACUUGAAAAUUGUUGAAACACCUGAUUUGUUAAAACUGUAACAGGGCUGUACAAGCUGGCAAUCCUUAAAAAAAAUAUAUAUAUUACACACGCACACACACACUCUGUAGCCUUCAUUAUGGAGACCAUGAGUGAAAUUGAGACCUAAAGGAGACGUUUGUCAAAUAUAAUGUUAAUAAAAAAAUUACACUUUGAUAAAA